GAUGAAAAAUCGUGGGAGAAACAGGUCAUCGAAAAAAGCGAAGGCAGAAAACGGCCAGGCUGAUCCAUCAAUUACUAACCUAAAACCCACUGACCAGGAACACCAAAGCAUGCUUUUCCCCUCGGCCGAGGUAUUCGUUCGUUCUCUCAAUGGGAAAAAAUGCAUCAAACGCAUUUUGGUAGCAAACAAUGGCAUCGCGGCGGUGAAGUGCAUGCGCUCGAUCAGGAACUGGGCCUACGCCACGUUCAGGAAUGCAGAGGUCUUCUUCUUCGUGUGCAUGGCCUCCCCAGAGGAUAUUCGCGCCAGCGCGGAGUACAUCAAGAUGGCCAACAAAAUUGUCAUGGUGCCUGGUGGCUCGAAUAUUAACAACUACGCCAACGUCGAGCUCAUUCUGCAAACGGCCGUCUCUAAUCACGUCGACGCGGUGUGGGCCGGCUGGGGUCACGCCUCUGAAAACCCGCAGCUCCCGGAGGUUCUCGCUAAGCACAACAUCGCCUUCCUGGGUAAAAUCCCCUCCUUGAGAAUUUCUGCUGCCUGUUUGUUAACACCAGGCAUUCCUGUCAUUCCACAAGGGCCGUUAGCCCAUCUCUCUGGGUCCAAAAUGUAUUUGACCACCCAAGCGGCGGUUGAUUCGUGGCUGUUGACUUCACACCUCAUCCUUUCAGGUCCCUCUCACGAGGCUAUGUGGGCUCUCGGUGACAAGAUUGCUUCAAGCAUCCUCGCUCAAAGCGCUGGCGUUCCAACCGUUCCAUGGAGCGGUUCUCGUAAGUUUUCCCUUCUUACUAUUCCAAGAUCCUUUGUUAGAUGGGGUGUUGGUUUGAAGAAUUGGUCGUCGUUGUUGUACUACACAAAAACAGCAGAAUGCACUAUAAUCGAAAAUAUCACUGUGGAUAUUGAGGGUUUGAAGAAGGAAUCCACGCGUUCGCCGACACGGUCGUCGGUCGGCGAGUUGUCGUCAUCGUCGUCCAUCCAGCCCAUCGCCUCGCAGCUCAUCUCCGCCGACGACUUCGCUAAUGCCAGCGUGAGGACAGUGGAACAGUGUCAGGCUGUCGCGGAUCGCAUCGGCUACCCCGUGAUGAUAAAGGCGUCGGAAGGCGGUGGGGGCAAAGGUAUUCGACGCGUCACUCGACCCGACGACGUUGCCGGACUUUUCAGUCAGGUGGGCAUUCAGCGUGCGCUCUGUACCCGUGUUGCCGCAGUUCGAAAACGACGCACCAAAAGUGGAUUGGCAUCGAAAGCACUUUUACAUGCUUAUCCCUACCUCUACCACUGUCCUAUUGUUACUAAGAGUUAUGUGCUGUCGUACUGUCACUUCAUGUUCUUUGUUGUCAGCGUCCAAGUUCAAAGUGAGGUUCCAGACUCGCCGAUAUUCGUGAUGAAGUGCAUGGAGCAUGUGCGUCACCUGGAGGUCCAGCUGCUCGCCGACCAAUACGGUGAGGCGAUUAGUCUGUACGGUCGCGACUGUUCAGUGCAGCGGCGUCACCAAAAAAUCAUCGAAGAAGCCCCCUGCAUCAUCGCGCCGAAGUCCGUCUUUGAUGACAUGGAACAAGCCCUAUCCGCUUCUCGUCCAUUAUGUAUCUCCAUUUCACCGUACUCAGCUAUUGCCGCGUUACAGGAUGCUAUUCGGUUGGCUAAACUGGUCGGCUACAGCAGUGCGGGGACAGUCGAGUACCUGUACAAACCCGACACUCAGGAAUAUUUCUUCCUUGAAUUGAAUCCACGCCUGCAAGUGGAGCAUCCAUGCACAGAGCAAAUUUCAAAUGUAGACUUGCCGGCGUGUCAGCUUCAGAUUGCAAUGGGACUACCUCUGAUUCGAAUAAAAGAAAUUCGCCAAUUUUUCGGCUUGUCUCAGUCCUCCGAUCACAAUGUUUCACUCAGCACCAACCUACACUUACGCCGCCCGCCCAGAUGCCACGUGAUUGGCGUUCGGGUGACCAGCGAGGACCCGGACGAGGGCUUUGAGCCCCACUCCGGCGAUGUGCUUGAACUCAAUUUCAAGAGCAGUCGCUCGGUGUGGGGUCACUUCAGUGUGGGCACUGUGGGUGGCAUCCACGAGUUUGCAGACUCGCAGUUCGGCCACUGCUUUUCGUCUGAAUCUUCGCGUGAAAAGGCGAGAGAGAAUAUGGUGUCUGCUUUGCGUGAACUCCUUAUCCGCGGCGACUUCAGAACCACCGUUGAUUAUCUCAUCAAAAUUCUGGAGUCCGACGCCUACAUUCGUAACGAAAUCGACACUGAAUGGUUGGAUCGCCUGAUCGCACAAAAAGACAGGUCCGAUAAGCCCGAUACACUGUUAGGCGUCAUGUGCACUGCUCUGCACAUCGGCUACAACCAACUGGAGAAAGCUAAUAAAAGCUUCCAAUCCAAUAUCGAGAGAGGACAGUUCAUCCCAAUCAAUGAGUUAAGCAACAUCGUCGACGUAACCUUGAUUGCGGAUAACAUCAAAUAUGUUCUACAGUUCACUCGAGCACGCACAGAAACGCCUUGCUCGAAUUUAACUCCACCCACCUCGUUUUUAUCUAAGGUCGUGCGCACUGGAAAGCACUCAUUUCACCUCAUCACCAAUGGCGGUCUCCAGUCUGCCGAUGUGUUCACCAUGUCAGGCGACAGUCUGCUCAUUAACCACGAGUCCUCCUCCUACACGACGUACUGCCGGGAAGAUGCGCGGGGCUACCGUACCGUCAUCAACAACCGCACGAUCGUUUUUUCCAAGGAAUGGGACCCCACCAUCCUCAGGUCGCCCUCCACAGGAAAGUUGGUUCAGUUCAUUGUGUGCGAUGGAUGUCACGUCAUUGAAGGCGAGGUCUACGCUCUCAUGGAGGUGAUGAAACUCAUCCUCGAGUUGCGGGCCCCCGCGUCUGGUGUGCUCUUUCACCUGCGGUGCGUUGGAGCAGUCUUGGAACAGGGCACUCCCAUUGCACGGCUGCAGCUCGAUGAUCCUCAGAAGUGCCAGAGCCUCGAGUUGUUUACUGGACAGCUGAUCCCAGCGCUCACGGCGGCUGGAGACGCCUGCAGCGCCUCUAACUCCAUGGUGCAGUCGAUUAGCUCCUCGUCAUACGACAUCAUCAAUCGCGGCGGCAUCUAUUCCGACGUCGAGUGCGGUCUCUCCGUCUCCCACACCAUUCGUCCCGCCACACCGUCCGCUAACUCUGACGUCCGCCAAGUAUUCGAACGCUGCCUCUGCGAGCUUGACAUGGUGCUCCUCGGCUACGCCCUCCCCGAACCCUUCUUCUCUGAUUGGCUCAAAUUAAAGUUGGAAGAACUCUUUCGGUGUCUGCGCGACCCUAACUUACCGCUGUGUGAGCUUGAGGACAUCAUCGCUAAGCUCUCGGGUCGUCUUCCGAUUGCUGUGGAACAGUCACUGCAGUCGAUCGCCGCAACCUACUCCCACCAAUUGACCUCUGUGCUCACCAACUUCCCAUCGGAUCAAAUCCUCCGCGUAGUCGAGGCGGGAGCACCGAACAACGAUGAAGCCUCCUCCUCGGCGUACUACGAACGGACCUCGCGUCUUGUUGAUCUCGCUCAUCGUUUCCAUGGCGGUAUUCGGGCUCACGCCUCGAGGGUCAUCGUCAACCUCAUCGUAGCCUACGUGGCAGUGGAGCAGCAUUACCAACACGGUCAAUAUGACCGCUGUGUGACGCUGUUAUUUGCAAGGCAGAAGGAGGGAAGCGGUGGUGGUGGCGGUGACGUUGGCUCCUGCACGUCUCCUCGCAGCGUAACGGACUUGCUUCCCCACCUGUCCACCUCCACGCGCCUGCCCGAUUGGAUCAAGCGUCUGGCAGACCCCACCUCCGUCGCUGACGUUCUCUCUGUUCACUUCUCGCACCACCACCUCGCCACCAAGAAUGCCCUCGUCUGCGGUCUGAUUGAGCAAAGCAGUAGCCUACGCGAGGGACUGCUCUCAAGGCUGAGUGAGGAUUUGCUUGAGUCCCUGACGGCUCUCACCCAGUUGGGCCAGGCUGAAAACGCCAAGGUCGCCCUGGCAGCACGCGAAUUCCUCAUUUCUGCCCAAUCGCCACCAUAUGAACUUCGGAGGAAUCAGGUCGAAUCGAUCAUUCUCUCGGCGAUUACCUCCUACGGGGACACACAGUCGACUACGGAGACCCUCCAACGCCUAAUCUCGUCGGAGACAUCGAUUUUCGAUGUACUCCUUGAGUUCUUCUACCAUCCGAAUCCGAUGGUUGUCAAUGCGGCCCUGGAAGUGUACAUCAGGCGAGCCUACAUCACCUACGAGUUGACUGGCCUCCAGCACGCACUCAUUGCGCCCCACUUAAACGACGCUGGCAGCCCCCGCUGUAUAUUCUUCCGCUUCCUCCUCCCCAACGUCUCCACGCAAGUUAAAAACUCCCCGUCGAUUCACUCCUCCCUUGAUCUCCUUCACGAGUCACCGACGGAACCCGGAGGCAUGCAGCCCACCUGCUCUGGUGGCGUUUUCUCUCCACCACCUACCAAAGACGAAACUCGGCUACAGCAGAUGCAGAGUCGGGAACGUCUUGGUGCUAUUGCUUUCUUCAACUCCUUCGAAGAUCUCAGAAUCGGCUUCCCCUUCUUCUUUCUGAGCUUCGAGCAGAGGCAGCAAGUGAUGCUAAGAGAGAGACGUGCUGGCUACCAACGUCAUAGCAGUUUUCCCUCAGGCCUUUCGAGUCGCAGCAACCUCGUCUCCUUCCAAGAUCCGCCCUUCCAGACGACGAAUGUCGUCGACGAGCCUAUCAACGUGAUGAAUAUCGGUAUACGAUGGCCGCCAGACGGUCAGGAGGAGCCCGGCGAGGACGCCACAGUGCGGAUGUUGGAAGCCUUCUGUCAGGAGCACUGCGACCGGCUCAAGUCCGUAGCUGUUCGUCGCGUCACCUUCAUGCUCAUAACCCCUAGAAAACUUCCCAUCUUCUUCAAUUUCCGUGCCCGAGACAACUUCAAGGAGGAUAGGGUUUAUCGCAACCUGGAGCCCGCCCUCGCCUUCCAGCUGGAAAUUAAUCGUUUGCAAAACUACGACCUCGAGCCGAUACCCGUGCUGAAUCGACGUAUGCAACUGUACAUAGGAAAGGCAAAGCAUUCACAGGGAAAAGAAGCAGUGGAUUUUCGCUUCUUCGUGCGCAGCAUGAUCCGGCACUCCGAUUUGGUCUCCAAAGAGGCGUCCUUUGAGUAUUUGCGUUCGGAAGCCGAGCGCAUCCUGCUGGAAGCGAUGGACGCCCUGGAGAUGGCCUUCUCGCACCCGAAGGCCGACCUUGCCACCGGAAACCACAUCUUCCUCAACUUUGCGCCAACCCUCCUGCUGGAGGACAUCUCUCUCCUGCAGGGCACCGUGAAAAGCACCAUUCUGCGCUACGCCACUCGACUCAUUAAGCUUCGAGUCAAAGAGGCAGAAUUAAAGCUUCUUAUUCGUCACAGCAAAGACGGCCCCCGGAUCCCCAUCCGAUUGCUCAUCUCCAACGAACAGGGCUACAGUUUGGUGGUAGAGUUGUACCGCGAGGAGCCGAACCCUAACACCGGUGCUAUUCACCUUGUCUCCUACGGUCCACGAAUUGGAAAUCUUCAUGGGUGUCUUGCUAGUGCCCCUCACCAGACGAAGGAUUUCCUACAACUGAAACGCUUCCAAGCACAAAAAUACAGCUCAACUUAUGUCUACGACUACCCGGUGGUGUUAGGUCAAGUGUUAGACGAGAUCUGGAACGCCUUCGGAGGACGUCCGUCCCCCAAAAGAGCCCCUCGAAAUUCCAAGCAUGGAAUGAGUCCCCACCUUCUUAAGUGCAGAGAACUUUGCCUCAAUACGGCUGGGGAACUUGUCCAUGUCGACCGCCGACCCUCUUUAAACGAGAUUGGCAUGGUGGUCUGGUACGUUGUGAUGAGUACGCCCGAGUAUCCGGAGGGUCGACCGAUUGUCCUCAUUGCCAACGACGUCACCCACAACGCAGGUUCCUUCGGACCGUGUGAAGACCUCCUGUUCUGUCGGGCUAGUAAAUUAGCUCGCUGUCUAGGCAUCCCACUAAUCUUUAUCGCGGCCAACACAGGCGCUCGAAUUCGAUUGGCCGAGGAGGUGAAGAGUGUGUACAAGAUCGCGUGGGUUGACAAAAAGUGCCCCGACAAGGGUUUCAAUUAUCUCUACUUGACCCCACAAGACUACGAUAGACUACGCCAAACGAAAUCCGUCAAUUGCGAAAAGGUGGUGGAGGACGGUGAGGAGCGCUACAAACUGGUCGACAUUAUCGGCAAGGACUUUGACAUAUCGUGUGAGAACUUGCGUGGAUCCGCGAUGAUCGCGGGCAAAACCGCAGUGGCCUACGAGGAGUGCUUUACGCUCAGUAUUGUGACCAGCCGAACAAUCGGCAUCGGUGCCUACUUGGUCCGUUUAGGAAGACGCGUCAUCCAGAUCGAGAACUCGCACAUCAUUCUGACUGGUGCAAUGGCAUUGAACAAACUACUCGGGCGACAAGUGUACACUAGUAAUAGCCAGCUUGGUGGUGUUCAGAUAAUGGCAAAUAACGGUGUGUGUCACCUUGUCGUGCCGGACGAGUUCUCUGCAUUCCAGCAGAUGGUCAAC